AUGGACCGACGGGCGUGGGCGACGGCUCGGACGCGCUUCGCCGCCAAGCAUACCCUCCUCGGAGGCGGUCCCGGGCCCUCGGACGAGUCUACGAGCAUGCGACUACCUACCCUCGAGGAAGAGGAGACUCCUCCGCAGGCAACGGUCCCAAGCAAGCCGACGGGACAUGAGCCUCCGGCAAGGUCAGCCUUCAACGUCCCUCGAAGCCUCGGGUCGACCAAGGACUCGUCGACGACGCGGUGGAAGCGCGCAGGAGGCCUCGUCGGAGCGCGUCAGGACCGCAACGUUCGCGCCAAGACAGACGUCCGGACGCCCCGCGCCUGGGCCGGGUACACGGACGCGGCCCUGCUGCACGUGCUCCAGCAUACGUUUGGGAGCGACGCCUUCCGACCAGGCCAAAUAGAGACCAUCCAUGAGGCAGGUCGAGGCCGCGACGUCUUUGUCCUCAUGCCAACGGGGGCCGGAAAGAGCCUCUGCUACCAGCUGCCCGCGUGCAUGGACGCCGGGGUGACCGUGGUCGUCUCGCCCCUCCUCUCGCUCAUUGAAGACCAGAUCCACCAUCUUGAGAAGCUUGGUAUCCACGCCAAGAUGCUCACAAGCGCCGUGUCGGCCUCGAUCAAAGGCGCAACACUCGACGAGAUUGCGUCGACCUCGUGCACGCUCAAGCUUCUCUACGUCACGCCCGAGGCGAUUGCGAGCUCGACCAACCUCAAGCGCGCGCUUCGGCGCAGCGCGGACGCGGGCAUGCUCGCACGAUUCGUGAUUGACGAGGCCCACUGCAUCAACCAGUGGGGCCACGACUUUCGAAAAGAUUACCUCGCACUCGGGCAGCUGCGUGCCACCUACCCAAGCAUUCCUAUUAUGGCGUUAACGGCGACUGCGAGCGCCAAGACGGAAACACAAAUCAUGGACUCGCUCCACUUGAAGGCACCAUGGAUCCAGCGAAGUAGCUACAACCGCACCAACUUGUCGUAUGCCUUUGUCGUCAAGUCGGAGGAGUUUCUUCAAGAGCUGCGAACGUUUGUGGCGACACAUGCGGAUGAAAGUGGCAUCAUUUACUGCUUGACGCAAAAGGAUUGCGAGGAGUUGGCCACCGAGCUGGGCGCGAUAGGGUCCAUUUCGUUCUACCACGCGGCGCUCUCGACGAGCGAGAAGACGUACCGCCACCGUGCAUGGAGUCGCGGCGACAUCAAGCUCAUGAUUGCAACCGUGGCUUUCGGCAUGGGCAUCAACAAACCAGACGUGCGCUACGUGAUUCACCAUAGUCUUCCCCAGUCCAUCACACACUACUACCAAGUGAUCGGGGCGCGCUGGCCGGACGGGCUACCGGCAGAGUGCAUUGUCUACUACGCUUACGAAGACUUUACACGACGAAAGCAGCUGCUUCGCGACGGUACUGGCCAGAGCCGUCAAAUCCACACCAUCAACGUGCGCGAGAUGAUGGAGCUAUGCGAAAACAAGACAACAUGCCGUCGGACGAUGCUGCUAAAGCACUUUGGGGAGACGUUCGACGAAGACAAUUGCCUCGGCACGUGCGACAACUGCCUCGAGAAGAUCGAUCCAUCCCCAAAUGCGGCAGUGGUCGUCGAUGUUUCGGAUGUGUCGAGAGCGCUCUGGGCCAUGUACAUGGUCAACCUGGCCAUGGGACGGCAACUGCCCAAGAAGAAGCGGGGUGGAGCGAACAACAUCCCUGGCGGUGGCUGCGCCAAAGAGCAUGGACACUCGCGUGGGCAGGUCCAGGAAAUUCUGCACUACCACAUUUACCGCCAACUGCUCGUGCAGACGGUACCAUACAUGCUUCGAUAG